AUGUCCGGCGCGGAAGUCUGUCCCAGCGCGAGCGGGAACCCGCCCCCGCCCGAGGUGGUCAACGCGAAGCGACCGGGACGCACCACCAACCAGCUGCAGUACCUGGAGAAGUCGGUGUUCAAAGCUCUGUGGCGCCACCAUUUUUCCUGGCCCUUCCGCCAGCCCGUCGAUGCCGUCUCGUUGCGUCUUCCCGAUUAUUACACAAUUAUCAAGACUCCAAUGGAUAUGGGCACCAUUAAGAGGCGACUCCAGAACAAAUAUUACUGGAACGCAAUGGAAUGCGUACAAGACUUUCACACCAUGUUCACUAACUGCUACAUGUACAACAAGCCCGGAGACGACAUCGUUUUCAUGGCGCAGACACUGGAGAAGCUUUUUCUGCUCGAAGUCUCCAAAAUGCCCAAAGACGAAUGUGAAGUCCUGCAAAGCGCCGCAAAGGAAGCAGUCAAAGGGAAGAAGAGCAGUGCUGGGUCACUGAAGCGAAGACCAGACGUGGUCCUCCAGCACACGGUGACGAUCAUCCCAUCAGAUGCUCCUUGCCCAGUGUCAUCUGUGCACAUCUCAGCUCGGAUGGAUGAAAGUAUCAAAAAAGGUAUGAAGAGAAAAUUGGAGGCCACCCCCUCGGCGGUCACCAGCAGCGUCAGCGAAGUGCCGGCAGCGCUCGUGCUAUCUGCUAGGACGGGUAGCGGGCGGCCCAUCAAGGCGCCAAAGAAAGACCUCAGCGACUUGGAAGACAAGCGGGCCAAACUGACCGAGCCGCUGCGUCACUGCGACGCCAUCUUGAAGGAGAUGCUCUCCAAGAGGCACUACGCCUACGCGUGGCCCUUUUAUACACCCGUGGACACCGUGGCCCUGGCGCUGCACGACUACCACGACAUCAUCAAGCAGCCCAUGGACCUCAGCAACAUCAAGAAAAAAAUGGAGCAGCGCGAGUACACCGUCGAUAAGGAGUUUGCUGCCGACGUCAGGCUGAUGUUCUCCAACUGCUACAAGUAUAACGCUCCCGCACACGAGGUCGUCUACAUGGCCCGGAAGCUGCAGGAGGUUUUCGAGGCGCGCUACGCUAAGGUUCCGCAGGAGCCGGCGCAGGGAUGCGUGGCGGCGCCUCGUGGGCUCGAUAAGCCCAAAGGCGACUGCGUGCGAAGUCGCUCCCUCUCGGCCACUCCCUCUUCCUCUGAGAGCGAGAGCUCUUCUUCUGACACGGAGAGUUCGUCAGAGGAGGUCUCCACGCAACUGGCCAACCUGGAGGAGAAGCUGAAAGCAGUGAGUGACCAGCUGAGGAGACUCACGCAGGACCCCCAGAUGAAACCCACGAAAAAGGACAAGUUGAAGAAGGAGAAAAGAGCCAAAGAAAAGGACAUCGCUCGACUCAAGGACAAAUCGGCCAAAAAUAACCGUAACAUGGAGAAAAGCAUCAAGAGUUCUGCUUUUCACGGCAACAGGAACAUUGCGAUCCGGGCCGCGCCGACGCCGCUGACUUACAAGGAGAAGAAGCAGCUCAGGCUCGAUUUGGACGCUCUGCCCGCGGACAAGCUGGCGAGCAUUAUUAAGGCCUGCGACGCCCCGUCGGCGGACGUGGAGAAGCUGAAGACGUCCACGCAGCGGCGCCUGCAGAGCUUUCUAGUGGCUUGUCAGAGGAAGACGUGUGGUGCAGGGAAAAAGCUGGAGAAACGUGUGGGGGCGACGCAUUGGCGGAGAUUGAAGGACGCGAGGAGACUGGAGGUGCUCGGUAAACGGCCGCCAGAUGUGAAGAAGAAGAAGGAGGCAGCAGCCAAAAGAGCUGCAUCUCCUGACUUCAUCUGCCCGUCAGCGCUCAGCAGUCGCAGCAGCUCGUCAUCCACUUCCUGCGGUAGCAGCAGCAGCAGCUCGCCGUCUUCUGACAGUGGUCACUCGUCGUCUGCAGCCAAACUCCAGAAGAGCGCUAAAGGCAGAUGUAAAAAGCUCGAUGAAAAGGCCCCCUUGCUGUCACCGCUGAGGGAAGGUCCGCUCAGAGAACACCUCGCAUCUGAUUCCAGAUGCCCUCAAGAUGUUCCUGAGAGUCAAGUGGCCGACGUAUCGUCGUCCUCUCACUCUCCCAACAUACAAACCAUACAGGAAAAAACACCUAAAAAGGACAUCGUUCUGAAAAACGCCGAGUCAUGGGCCCGACUGGUAAGGCAGUCGGCCGCCGUCCCGACCGCCAUCAAGUCGUCCAAAGAGAGCUUCCAGCAGUUCCGGAAGGCCGCCAUGGAGAAGGAGGAGCGUGAAAAGGUGCUGAAGAAGAAGAAAAAGCAGCUGGAGGUGCCAGAAAACAGCUUGGAUAAAAAUCCGCCAUCGAGCAAAGGGGACCUUUCGUCUCCGGGCGGCGCCGUCCCGCUCGCAGAGACGACGACGCACGAGCAGCCGACGUCGCCCAUGGCGACCGUGCUCGGGAGCGCCCAGUCCCCCUUGAGUCGAGCGCGGGAGCUGGCCAGAAAGAAGGAGCAGGAGCGUCGCAGGAGAGAGGCGAUGUCUUGCAUCGACAUGACCAUGCAGCAGGACAUCAUGACCACUUUUGAACUCAACCUGGACUAG